GGUUCGGCAUUUCGUUCACAUCUUCCCAUUGAUGCAAGAAAAGUGUUGGAAGGCGAGGACCCGACUCUGGUUCCAGUUCCCACACGCGACCUUGCCCUCAGCUCCACCUCAACCGCAGGAGGUCAUUUAGAAUACUCCGUAGAAGCACGACAAUAAGUGCAUGGAAGGAAAGGAGAAGAAAGAAAGGGGCGGAAGGAAGAACGAUCUCCUCAGCAUCGCCAGCAACGUACGAUGUGCAGCAAUUCGAAAAGAAAUCCCCGAGGCUUUCACACGAAGUGUCUCAGAUCCGAAUCAUCUAGAGUGCUUCACACAAAACAUAUGACAUACUAGACACUUCUGACGUCUGCUCUUUUUUUGUUGCUUCCACUAGUUGACAUGUCCUGAACUGCCCAUAUACUCCUGCUCUGCUCCUCUCGUCGAAUCUACUCGGCGACGGCAUCCAAACCUGCUCCCGAUCUAAUUAGACAUUUGACCUGGAUAAGACGAUAGAUAGGAUACGAGCCACUACUUCGCAAGUAAGUAGCGAGCGUGCAGACAGCGAACAAUCUAAUUCAUUUCUUACGAUGCACUACCAGUGAUCCAAUGAUCCAAUUACCCAGCGGUCCAAUUAUUCUCGCGCUCAAACAUCCAAGCAUUCAUUACACGCAUCAUCCAUCCAACCCCCUCGCUCCCAAAAGAAGGCUAACCAGCUCAUCAUAGAAGAUUUUAUUCACACAACACCCAUACACCACCACUCAAGAGCAGUACAACGCAGCCCGAACCCUUACCCUUUUUUCCCACACCUAGUACAACUACCUGCGACUUCACUCCCUCACCUCUCUGACCUCCCUUCCCUUGCCUUUGACUUUGACCACAACACCACGCUUCCUUCCUCAAUAUCCACUCCGACUUAAACUCCACCGCCAGUCUGACCCUUCUUCUGACCUUCUUCUGGCCUUCUUCUGACCUUCUUCAUCAUCUCACCAUCGCCUCUUUUAAGAAAGCUCUUUUUUUAAUUUGCUAUUUAUUUCUCCCUCGCACUCAUUCCUUCACUCUUCAGCUUGGAAGUCGACCUAUAAAGAAAAAGAGAACCAGACAAAUACCUAGAAAAGACGCUCAAUCUUUCCUCUUUCUUGAAACGGUCUCGUCAACUCAACUUUCAUCUACUCUUUCACAUACAUCCAAGCUUUGUUCGAUCGUCAUAUCAUCGACACCGGCAGCAACAAAUUCCUACCAGAAAUCCGUGAACCAUUUACACAUUGGAUACUAUACGACAAUCACAAUUGGCCCGGAACUCUCACUCACGCUGGAUUGGCAGAAAGACCAGAUUCACUCAACACAAUUGCACCAUUCAUCAUCACUUUUACUUUUCUGGUCGACAAUCAAAGGCUUGGUCAAAACCAUUGAAUUGCACAAGCUUUGGAAGAAAGAACCUCCGCUCCUUUAGUGCCCAAUCAUCCUUCAAAGGAUUGUCCCGGGGUAUCUAAAGUUUUUAUAAUCACGAACUUCAUAUCAGCUCGGACACCGCCACGGUCAGUUGUUAAAGGCCUCCCUCGCCGUACAAUCCAGUCUUACUUUUGACGUACAAUUCGCCUCCUCAGCCAUCAUGAAAGGCCGUCCUGUCGACCAGCUCGUGUUCGAGUGUAUGUUUCCUAAACCCAGGGCUGGCGAUCCGCAAAAUUUCCAAGCCUUCUUGCAGCGAAGUCUGGUGCCUGAAGUUCGUUGUGAAACUCAAGGUUUCUAUGGUCACUUAACUUCGCAGGAAGCAAAGUAUCCUGGCUUAGAUUAUUCUUACCGGCCGCAUCGCGUUCGACUCUCGAGAUUUCAGUGGCACAGACGACUAUUUCGAGCUUUCGAUAAUCUGAGACUUACGGAAUACGAAAUUGCUACCUUGACAAAGUGGGAAGGCACGAGAUGGGCAAAGGAAAGAUUUGAAAAAGAAAGAGGAAUUGUCAUCAGGGAUACAACGGGUGAUGGAAUUGAAGAUUGGGUAUCGCCGGAGUUACGACCCACAGUUGUGCGAUCCGCAGUGCCAGCAGUCGGAGAUGAGUUAGAGGAAGAGGAAGGAUUGGAUGAUAAUGACUUGGAAGAUGAUGAUGGAGAGAGCGAUAUCGAAAUUACAAGUGUGGGAACUGCAUUGAAUGAGAGACUGAUAGCUGCUGCUGCUGAAAGAGAAGCUGGCAAUAUCACGGCACCAAUGGAUGAAGCAUGGGAACAAUGGAUGAAAGAUGCUUACGAGACAGGAGGCAUGCAUAUCUCGAAUCCCAAUUUGAAUCCAAAUGCCAAUAUUGUGGGUACGAGACCUGCUCCUAAUGGAUCGAGGGUUUAUGUUGCACACCCAUCAGCUCAGCGUGCAAGUCAUGCAAGCCAUGCGAGAACGACGAAUUUAACACCCCUUUUCGAUUCAUCCAAUGGUCGACAAAUUCCUUCGAGAUAUAUUGACAUUGGACAUAUCGACGCAUCAAAUAUGUCUUUUUCAAGAAUGCAUGCUGGAAGCGAUGGUCCAAGGGAAUCUGUCGAACAGACAAUUAUGAGAAGAAGGGAUAUUGAACAAGCAGUUAUGAGAAGAGCUGAUGCUAGUAGAGAACAUCGUUAUCUAUAUGCAAGAAGGCAUCCGGAUGUUCUUAGAAGUAUUCAUGGAAAUCGAUAUGUUCCUGAAUAUGAAGAUUAUUCUUCAUAGUAGUGAUGUGAGGAGACUUUUCUAGUAUUCAUUACUUGAUUUUCCUGGGAUAGGAAUUAUUCAUAGCAACUUAAGGUCGGGGGGCAUUCAUCACACUUACAUACAUUCAUAUCGGCGUUUAUAUGGAAUGGAAUUACAUAUCUUCAUAUUAUUUUUCAAUGGAGGUCUCAAGCAUGGCGUUUUUAGCAUAUGGGUGGUGGGGAAGCGGGUAGGAUAUGGUUAGGUGUCGGACUUGGGGACUGGGGAUUGGUGGGGGUAUUAAGUUGCAUUGGCAUCUAUUUACUUCUCUCUAUAUUAGUUUAUUAUUGUUGUUUGGUUUGUAGUGCAUAGGAUGGAUAGGAUGGAAUGAGUGGGAUUGAAUUGAGAUGAAAUGGAGGAGGGAGGAGAAGGAGAUGGAGAUGGAAGAUGGGGGAUGAGAGGAAUAGUAUAUCUACCUGGUUCUUAUAGUACUAGUAUUCAAUAUACAAAUUUAUCUAUA